AUGCCUUUCGCGUUGAGGCAAAUUGUAAAGCAGACAUGGCAGGUGUUCACAGAGGAAUUGGGAAAUGGCAACCGGGACCAACAUCAUGUCAAGAUCUUUGAGGAUCUUCUGAGUGAAUUUGAACCAGAUUUACCCUCGCCAAUAACCAAGGCUAUUCUGCAUCCUCGGUACAGACUGGGUAGCCUCAAGUAUUGGAGAGCGGCUGUGGCGCAGCUUCUAGUAUCUCUCUUUCCGCGUGAGUUCUUGCCCGAAAUUCUUGGGUUCAACCUACAUUUUGAAGCCCUGCAAUUGGAUACCAUGCAAGCGUCGAAGGAAUUGCCGGAAGUCUGUCUCAACGCAUACUAUUUUCUGUUGCAUGUUUCAAUUGACAAUAGUCAUUCGGGGCAUGCUGCCAUGGCUAUGGCAAGUGUCACAGACUACAUUGAACAUAUAACAGAGACUGAGGGCGAAGUAGCUGCAGAGACCGCAUGGAAGAGAGUUCAGGCAGGAUAUGUUUUCAGCGAGUGGCAAAUUCAAAAAGGCAACCAGGCAACCAACAUUCUUGCCCAACUCAAUGACGAGUCUCCUGAUCAACUGGAGUCAAAGGUUCUUGCGAUAUUUAGCUCAAAAAUUCAAGCCUCCCAUAGACUACAUUGUGGGAGCCGGGUCAAGAUUGGAGAGCGCUUGCUGACUGAUUGGCUGGACCCCGAAGCGUUCUUGGGUGAGGAAUGGCAGCGGAAGUUUAUGCGAUCCUUAAGCACAUGUCAACCUUGGAUAUAUCCUGGUGAUAGCCAGAAAAGCAAAUUGGUACAAGAGUUUCGAUGGGGAGGGAGAAUGUAUGGAUCCCUAACGAAGAGCGAACUCGAUAUAUUUGAGCUCUGGGUCAACUCCCUGGGUCAUGACCAAAACCCUUUCUAUCACUCUUUCAUCAACCCUAGUAUGGACUCACAGGAUCAAGUAAGCAAGACAUCAGACACCGACAAGAGUGUAAUUAUUGCUCUCACUGUCAGUGAAAAGAACAUUGAAACAGCAAUUCUACUUUCUCAAGUCCCAUCGGGGAAAUAUUCCGGAGACCUGACAGCAAAUCUUAAUUUGCCCUCUAUGUUACCACUUUGGUUCACGCAGUGUUGUCUCUUGGAGUCAUUUUUGUACGCCCCGGGGAGAACGACCGAUAAUCUUGGCUGCGCUGUGGUACGCUUCUUGCGCGCCCAGUCAGGCUUUGAGACAGAGGAUUCAGUUGUGACGGGGACAGACGAGCCUCAUACCACAGAGAAUGGAGGAAUCAUUGAGUUUGGUCUGGAAAUGAUCCGCGCAGCGUCCCUUCCCAUCCCUCAAGGUCUGCAUGGUCUCCUGUCUGCUUGGCCGUCCGAAUUUGCCACCACAAUGCUCGAACUAGCUUCCAGUCCCAUUCAGAAUUUAGGUACCCUGUUGGGUAUGGCCAUGGCGUUUCUCGAAUUACAGGAGAUGGUAUCAGAAUCUUCUAAUUACGGCUUGCUUUCUCCAAAGAGCAGCGAGCGCCUUGCAUCACUGAUUCGGAGGCAGUACGAAUGCUUGCAGGUCUGUCUUGAGGAAAUUCCUAUUGGAGAUGCACGUCGUGUGGCCUUCCACCGUGGAUAUGACAUGGCGAAGGCGGAGAUUAGCAAAUGCUCCGGGUCAGCCCCGUGA